AUGAUUGCUCCAAAUAAAUCUGGUAAUGACAUUUUCGAUCGUGAUAUACAACGAGAAACGCACUUCGAUGUUAAUGAAUUGCAAGCAUUUGUUCGAAUUAAUCUACCGAAAUUGGUAUUAGAACAACGAACAGCAUAUGACACAAUUAUAAAUGCAAUAUCUAACAAGAGUUGUGGCUUAUAUUUCUUAGAUGCACCUGGUGGUACUGGCAAAACUUUUCUUAUUUCAAUUAUUCUGGCAACUAUAAGAUCACAAAAUAAUAUUGCACUUGCUAUUGCAGCAACUCUUUUGGACGGUGGUCGAACAGCACAUUCAGCAUUGAAAUUGCCAUUAAAUGUGCAGGUAAUUGAAACUCCAACAUGUAAUAUUAGCAAAGAUUCUGGGAUGGGAAAAGUACUAAGAUCAUGUCAGCUUAUAAUAUGGGAUAAAUGGACCAUGGCACACAAGAAAUCAUUGGAAGCACUCAAUCGCACAUUAAAAGAUUUGAGAGGAAAUGAGCAGCUCUUUGGUGGUGCACUCAUUUUGCUAGCUGGUGAUUUUAGACAAACUCUACCAGUUAUACCCCUUUCAACACCAGCAGAUGAAUUGAAUGCAUGUCUCAAAUCAUCAGUGUUACGGCGGUAUGUGGAGAAAAUAUCUUCUGAACGAUUUGCAAAACAAUUGCUAGAUAUUGGGAAUGGUAAAAUGGAAAUGGACCAAUCCACACACUGUAUUACAUUACCAGAAAACUUUUGUCACAUUGUAAAAUCCACUGAUGAAUUGAUUGCAAAAGUUUUUCCAAAUUUAUCGCAGAAUUAUAAAAAAUGGGUUAAUGAAAGUGCUAUAUUGGCAGCCAAAAACAUUGAUAUGAAUUUAAUAAACUGCAAAAUUCAAAAUGAAAUACCUGAUGAAGAAACAACAUAUAAAUCCAUAGAUACUGUUGUCAAUCAAGAUGAAUCAGUUAAUUGG